UUUUUCCACCGCGUGCAUUUCUCUGCCACACACCUGUUGCUCCACCGCCUUCUCCUCCCUCCUCUCUUCUUCUUCUUCUUCUUCCAAACGCCAAGAUGGGUGACGGUGAAUCUGGUGCCUCCAAGACCACCCCUAUCCAGUGCUCUGCCCUCCGCAAGGGCGGUCACGUCAUGAUCAAGGGCCACCCCUGCAAGAUCGUGGACAUGUCCACCUCCAAGACUGGCAAGCACGGUCACGCCAAGGUCAACAUGACUGGCGUGGACAUCUUCACCGGCAAGAAGCACGAGGAUAUGUGCCCCUCCACCCACAACAUGAACGUGCCCGUGAUCAAGCGCACUGACUGGCAGCUCAUCGACAUUGAUGGCGAGUUCCUUACCCUCAUGGACGAGAACGGCGAGACCCGCGAGGACCUGAAGAAGAGCGACGUUGACGAGGAGGUGCUCAAGGACAUUGAGCGCCGCAUGGAGGAAGAGGAGGACAUGCUCGUCACCGUCCUCGCCGCCCUGGACCAGGAGAAGGUCGUUGGCGUCAAGACCUACAACGUCUAAGCAGCUUGCUCGUCCCGCCCUUCAAUGGGUGCACUUGCUUGCUUGCUCUCGUUGUUUGUUUGUUGCCGCUCUUUCUUCUUCCCAGCUCAAUCCUCCCCUUCCCCAAUGUCUGUCCUCGUUUUGAUUGAUGGUGUGUUGUGCGUGCAUGCAACAACAAGCGAACGCUCUGUACGUGUUGGCUUGUUGUGUGUCUUGUGGGUGCACAUGCCUUCUUUCUUUCUUGGCCGUGGUCUUGUGUGUUCCUCUCCUCCUCUCUGUUUCAGCUAGAUCGAGUGGGAAGUGCCGCCGCUCUUCAUUGAGUGGCCACUCUCUGCUUUGUGCGGGUGUGCCUCUCUCCCCUCCAAUGUCCUUUUUUUUUUUUUCCACCCGUGUCAUGGUGAUGUUCACUUGACAUGCUGGGCGUAAGGGGGAAGGCCAUCCAAACGUGCCUUCAUCCUCCCUGUUUAAUUUUCCCUCUUCUUUCCCCCUUGUCUCCUCCUCCCCUUUUGCGUCGCCCUGCAUGACUGUCUGUGGCGUGGCGGUGGUGGCCGUGGCAGCACGGGCAGCUUGCCUGCCGCCCACUUGCCUGUCUUGAAAGCGGUGUUGGGUCCAUAAUGAACGUGUGAUGGCGAAACUGCAGCUGUGGAACACAAGACAUCAAGUUGGGGGGAGAAGAAGGGAUGGUCAGUUUUUCACACCACACACACAGAAGACGCAGUGUAACAUAAGAGACGAG